AUGAACUGCUCUCGCCGAUUAUCUAUGCCUCUUGGCCGGCGUCUGGCCGCCCAGUUGAAUUGCCGCGGCUCCUCAACUGUAUAUAGAAAUGGACCAUUGGCCAAUACCCUGCGCGGGGGUUUCGCCCAAUCGCGCUAUAUGAGCGCCUCCGCUACCUCAGCCCUGGGCGAGAUUCUCAAGGUGUCUGAGGAGGUCUUAGACGCCGUUGCUACCGACAAGCCUGUCGUGGCGCUCGAGUCUACCAUUUACACCCAUGGAGCCAUGGGCAAGGACCUGGCCCAGGAGCAUGAGACACUUGUACGGAGCCAUGGCGGCGUGCCCGCCAUCAUUGGUAUUGUCGAUGGUGUUCCCAGAGUCGGAGUCACGCCCGAGGAGAUUGUCCGCAUGAUUGAAGAUAAGAAUGUGUCCAAGGUUUCACGAAGGGAUAUCUCCUACCUUGUGGGCAUGGGCUUAGCUGGACAUAAGAUGAACGGUGGCACAACCAUAUCUGGUACCAUGGUGCUCGCUAGGUUGGCCGGGAUCCGCGUCUUUGGCACCGGUGGCCUGGGCGGUGUUCACCGCGGAGGAGAGAACUCAAUGGAUAUCUCUGCGGACCUGACUGAGCUUGGCCGCACCCGUGUUGCCGUCGUUAGCAGUGGCUCCAAGGGAUUCCUGGAUAUUCCUCGCACCCUCGAGUUUCUCGAAACGCAAGGAUGCCUGAUCUCUACCUUUGCCGAUGGUAGAACAGGAAACGUUGAUUUCCCUGCCUUUUGGGCUCGAGACAGCGGCUGCAAGAGCCCCUCAGUUAUCAAUACGGAGAGGGAGGCCGCGUCCAUCAUCUACAGCCAGGAGAAAUUGGGCAUCGAGACGGGUAUGCUCUUUGCGAACCCCAUCCCCGAGGAGUUCGCCAUCCCUUCUGAGGAGAUGCAAGCUUUCAUCGAGCAGGCCGUGACCGAGAGUGUCGAAAAGGGCUUCACCGGCAGCAAGAACACGCCGUAUGUUCUUGGCCGGCUGAAGGAGCUUACCGGCGACCGAGCCGUCGUUGCGAACAUGGCCCUCGUAAAGUCGAACAUUGUCCGGGCGACGAAUAUCUCUAAGGAACUGUCAGCCCUGCUGCAGUCAUCCAAGUCGCAGACAUCCACUAUCCCUUCCGCGCCAUCCGAACCGAGCAAGAAAGAAGAUGAUAUCUCCGUGGAUAAAAAGACAGACAUCCUUGUUGCCGGAUCCGUAGCCGUUGAUUUGAGCUGCGACUAUGCUGGGCCCAAGUCCGGCGAUGUAUCACCCCAGACAGCCACUUCAAACCCAGCUGCCAUCAGCCAGUCGAUCGGCGGAGUCGGGCACAAUGUCGCCCUUGCUGCGCACCGGGCAAGUAGGAAUGCAACAGUGAAACUCUGUAGCUUAGUAGGCGAAGAUGUGGCGGGUGCAACAGUCCUGUCUACUCUCAAGGCAUCUGGCAUGGACACAACAUAUGUGAGGCAGCUGGGCCAAGAAUUCCACCCUGCCAAUCGAACAGCGCAGUACGUAGCUGUGAACGACGCGAACAAGAACCUGGUCAUGGCCAUGGCCGACAUGGGCAUCUUCUCUGAGCACUCUUUCCCCGAAUAUUGGGAGGAGACGCUCAAGGCGACGAAGCCAAGUUGGCUCGUUGUUGAUGGUAAUUGGAGCGAGAAGGAUAUCAGGACUUGGGUCAAAGCUGGCAAGGACCAAUCUUGCAAGGUCGCGUUUGAGCCUGUUUCUGUGGAAAAGUCGAAGCGUCUAUUUUCGCCCUUUCGAGGAGUCUCUCCGCUUGGGUUAUAUCCCAACGCGAGUGUCGACUUAGCCUCCCCCAACAUUUAUGAAUUAUCGGCCAUGUAUGAAGCUGCAAAGGGCAAUGAGUAUCUGAGCUCACAUGAGUGGUUCGAAAUCAUCGAUGCAUUUGGAAUGCGCGGGGCUAGAGAGCGGUUUGUCUACAUGACAUCGCCCGAGUUGACAGACGCUGGAAUACCCGUGCAGAGCGUGCAGCUCCUCCCCUACAUUCCUACGUUACUUACAAAACUCGGGUCGGAAGGUGUAUUGCUCACCACUCUUCUGGGUAAGGAUGACCCCCGACUUUUUGACCGAGAGUCGCAGCAGUUUAUUCUCACACGAUCCAAUACCGGCGACCCCAAUGUGGGAGGUAUCUACAUGCGUCUCUUCCCACGAGUAGAGGACGUGAAAGAUGUCGUCUCGGUGAAUGGAGUUGGAGACACAUUUCUGGGUGUGCUAAUUUCAGGCCUUGCACAGGGCGGCAGCCCAGAGAAGCUGAUUGACGUUGCGCAAAAGGGAGCCGUUAUGUCGCUGAGAUGCUCAGACUCUAAGAUGGCACCGCCUAAAGACGAAGACAUGGCCGAUCUCUCAACUUCAGAGAGCGACUUCUCUGGGUUAGAUUCUGACAGCGAAUCCUCCCGCCCAACGAAAUCCAACAAUAGCAUGUUCGAUAAGGAUUCCGACGAGGAGGAGCUAGAGCGCCUAGUACUAGGAAAUGCAUCUGGCUUCAGAGAGAAUCUCUUCAAGGGUGAAGACCUCUCCGACAACGAGUACCUCGAUACCAAUGGCGAAUCGAAGGCUGUAGACUCCGCCGAGAAGGGUGGUUUCGAAGACAUGGAUGAUGCAGACCUCUUCAUGAUCGAUACCGGACGCCCAGACUCUGCAGUCCAGGCACCUCAGCCGGCCAAGACGGCAGAGAAGACCCUCACAGGAGACGCGCCCGCUUGGGAAGACAGCGACGACGAUAGGCUGGCCAUCUCGCUUGCCAGCGCUACGAGACUACGAAAAUUGCGAAUCUCAGAGGCCGAGGACAUUGUCAGCGGCACCGAGUAUUCCAGACGUCUUAGGCAGCAGUUCCUCCGACUGAACCCGUAUCCCUCGUGGGCCAAGGCAGCCUCUGAGCGUCCCAGCAAGCGAAGAAGACGGUCGUCUGCCGCUGCGUCGGAUGCCUCAAGCGAAGAGUCAGGCAGUGACGAUGAUGUGGAAGCGCAGCCACUCGAGAAGUUCCUUCGCGAUGUCAACCAGCUGGCCGGGCGCGGCGCUUCCCAGGGCAAGCGGAAACUGCGACCCGAGGUCAUUGACAUCCAGCGAACCCGCGAGAUCCCCGACAAGCACAAGGCCGGCGUGGAGUCGCUGUCGUUUCACCCCGAGUACCCCGUCCUCCUGUCUGCUAGUACAGCCUCGAUCCUAUUUCUGCAUCACAUUGCGCCCGAGGCGCACCCAACGCCCAACCCUCUGUUGACCUCGGUUCAGGCCAAGCAGGUGGAUGUGAGAAGAGCCGAGUUCCUGUACCCGAAGGGAGAUAAGGUGUUCUUCUCCGGGCGGCGAAAGUACUUUCAUCACUGGGACCUGCCAUCUGGGCUGGUGCAGAAGACUACGAAUAUCCAGGGCCAUCGCCUGGAGCACAAGUCCAUGGAGAGAUUCAAGCUCAGCCCCUGCGGACGUUACAUGGCCAUCGUGGCCUCUACGAAGAAGGGUGGUGGCAUCAUCAAUGUACUGAGCACGGGAUCGAUGCAGUGGAUUGCGGCAGCAAGACUUGCGAGCCAGAACGGCAUCGCGGACUUUGCUUGGUGGAGCACAGGGGACGGCAUGACAAUUCUAGGCAAGGAUGGGCAGGUGGGAGAGUAUAGUAUGGAGAGCCGUAAGUUUCUCGGUAUCUGGAACGACGAGGGAUGUGUGGGAGGCAUUGUGAUUGCGCUCGGGGGGCAUAACGGACCGGCAGGGCUGGGGGGUGACCGUUGGGUUGCGGUGGGCUCCAACAGCGGCAUCACCAAUAUCUACGACCGCCUCGAGCUGGCGCAGCAGCAGAAGAAGGGCGAAGUAACCGUAACGGAGCGGCCGGCGCCCAAGCGGGUCCUGGAGCAGCUCGUCACACCCAUUACGGUGCUCACCUUCUCGCCCGACGGGCAGCUGCUGGCGUUUGGGUCGCAGCACAAGAAGGAUGCGGUAAGGCUGGUCCACCUGCCGAGCUGCACCGUGUACAGAAAUUGGCCGACGGAGACGACGCCGCUCGGCCGGGUCACGGCGAUCGCGUUUGGCAGGGAUAGUGAUCUUUUGGCGGUGGGCAACGACGGGGGUAGGAUCAGGCUCUGGCAUAUUAGGAGUUGA